ACCAAAAAGUUAAAAGUCUACGGAAGUGUUAAGCAAGCUGUGAGAAAUGGUGCGACGAGGCUGAUGUUGUUGUUUUUAUUAUUUUCGGUUUAUGUUUACAGCACUUUUCCGCCAUGGCUGCUGUGGUGAAGCAGGCUUUUGUGUGGAUGUCAUUCGUGGCGGUUAUGGCUUCUUUUAACCAGAACAGAGACAGCGAGUUGACGUUUCUUCUGCCUGCCGGAGCGGCGGAGUGUUUCUUCCAGACGGCGCAGAGGAACGGGACGCUGGAGGUGGAGUACCAGGUGAUUGCAGGGGCUGGCAUGGAUGUGGAUUUUAGCAUCUUCUCUCCUCAGGGCUUCCAGCUUAUCUCAGAGUUUCGGCGUUCUGAUGGCGUUCACAUGUUGGAGUCCACGGAAUAUGGCGACUACCGAAUCUGCUUUGACAACAGCUUUAGCCGGUUCUCCGAGAAGAUGGUCUUCUUUGAAAUCAUCCUGGAGAGUGCGGCCAAUGAUGAUGGACCAAAUGAUGAGUGGGCGGGACUUGCUGACCCUGAGAACCUGUUGGAGUACAAGCUGGAGGAUAUCCGGGAAUCCAUAGACUCCGUGCACAGGCAGCUGGAGCGCAGUCGUCAAAUGCAGACAGUGCUGCGGGCGUUCGAAGCACGCGACCGUAACCUGCUGGAGGACAACCUUUGGCGAGUCUCCUUCUGGUCCUGUGCCUGUUUGGUAGUCAUGGUGAUGGUGGCCAUCACUCAAGUAUACACAGUCCGCCGCCUCUUCGACGACAGGAGGAGAGUCCGCUCCUGAGUACAUGCCUCCCUCCUCGCCCAGCAAACCACCACGUGGGACUGUGACGCACGAUGAUGGGCGGGGUGAUGGGGGCCCAGGCUGGGAGGAGAGAGAGGCUUUGCUGAUGUUGCUGUUGUUUAGCCUUGCCUGUGAGAGACCAUUCCCAGGAAUGGAGGGGGAGAUAUGGCUCAAAUGAUGCCAGCAUUUAAAGCACAGCGUGGUGGCUACAGGAUCAGGACCUCCGCAUUCAUGAGCCCUCAUCACUGACCUACAACCUGUGACCAGUCUAUGACUAAAGGGAGGAUAUGAAGGGAGGAAUCUAGAACCAUAUGUUUUGUAAUCGUUCUCCAAGGAUGCUGACUCGCUCUGCCAAACACAGCACACAGUUUAACACUGAGUCAUCCCUACAGCGUAUCCCUACUUGAUAGAAAAAACAAACUACUUUCAACUGAAAAAUUUGCUAUGUUUGAUGUAGUUUGAAACUAGAAUUUCAUCAAGUCUAUAAAACAACAGAACUUUUGUUUCUUGGGUCUUAUUUUUUGUUGGCAUUUUACUUCUUGCUCUAAAAUGUGGAUUGGACUUUUCCUGUUUGACCUCCCUGCUGUAGUGUGUCCAGAUACCUCCCAGCGUCCCUCCUGCCAGGUCAUGACCUACACUGCCAUGUUGGAGCUGAAAUCAAAAUGAGGUAGUUGCCAUGGUAAUGGCCUGUUUAUCUGCAAGCUGCAGCAGAAUUGGUCUUUUUUGUAGAAAUUUAAAACAAUUAAAACAUCUAACAUUG